GAGAAAGAGAUAAAUAUACAUCCAGAAAUAGCAUCAGCCACAUUUGACUGACAGAGAGAGAAAGAGAGAGAGAGUGUGUGUGGAGCUUAACCUGAGACCUGGACAGAAAAUGCCUCUCCUUUCUAACUUAACGACUAUUGUCUUGUUGCUGAUUGCUCACUGCGGAUCUUGGAUUCUGGCUAACCGCUUGGGCCCCUACAAGGGUUGUCCCUCCUGUAGAGAAUCUUUGGGGGCAGGUCGGGCCCCCCGGGACCAUAUUGGACAAGCAGGCAGCACAUCCAUGUUGGCCCAGGGAGAGCCCUGUGGUGUGUACACCAUGAGCUGUGCCAAGGGGCUGCGCUGCGUGCCCCCUCCUCAGGAACACAGCCCGCUCCAGGCGCUGCUGCAGGGCAGGGGCUUCUGCACCAAGCACAGCAGGACCAGUCCCACGGAGAGGCCCCACCCCACAGGUCCACAUCCUUCACAAAGUGGUGAAAUAGAAAAGGCACCCUGCCGUAAGCUGCUCAAUAGUGUUCUGCGGGGUAUUGAGCUCACUAUCUUUCAGUCUGAUCGUGACAUCUAUAUCCCCAACUGUGACACUCGGGGCUUCUACAGGAAAAAGCAGUGUCGCUCCUCCAAGGGUAUGCAGCGUGGCCACUGUUGGUGUGUGGAUGAGCUGGGUACCGCCUUGCCCUCACGUGCAAGCGAAGACGGCACUUUACCAUGCGAUGGAGAGUGA